GACAAACCGUCAUCCACCCACGUACUAGUACCGGUUCAGCCUGAGGUUAAGAUUAAUUGUUACCGUCACUUUCUCUUUUAGUUUGUUUCCCCGUUAUCUGCCUUUUCUGGAUUUCCUGGUUUGAGAUCAUUACUACACAGUUCUUCCCUUGUGCCGCUGACUGUCCUGGCUUGGCUCGUCUUAUCCUCUCCCACUCUCUGCCUCCCUCCCUGCUUCUUUGGUUCCUUUGAAUCUUCUCCUUGUCUACUAUCUUUUCAUCAUCCUCGUCUUCGUCGUCUCCCUACUGUCCUCUCUAGACUCGUUCCGGUGGACAUCUGCCUCACUUCCCGUCCCCAUCUCUCUCGCUACCUGCAAUAGUCGCGUGCCUGCAUACGGACCCAGCCGUCUUCCGCAUUUGGCAUCCUUCCGCUCGGCUGGGUCUCUGGCCAGUGCCAACACAGCAAGUGUGUUGUUGCUAAUAGCCGAUCUGCUCAGACUACUAGACUAUAUCUAUCAGAUAUACUCCCGCUGGGGAACUGCCCACUGGACGUUCCCCUCCCUCCUCUUCUGCUUUCGUGCUCUCUUCCCAUCCAUGUAUCUCGCUCAGACUCUCGACCAGAGCGCCUCGACAGGCCUAGGACGCCUUAUCAAACAGUUUUGCCGUGGACUUAAAUUGUGAAGAUGAUGGUCCCAAGAGCUUAUCUUUUCAGUUCCCUGCCUCCCUCUCCGAAGACUUCUUACCGUCAACAUGGUGAGAGGACUCCAGUCACCAAGUCCUCCUUGGAUCUUCUCGCCGUCCACGACUAUGCGAGUCUCGAACUUCCAUCCGACUCUUCUCCGCAGUCCAUGCACACCAGUCCGGUUGUGAUACCCCCGAAGCGGGCUCCUCGCGUGACGUCGGUACAUUCUCAGACUGCAAAGAAAGGGCCAGCCACGCCGAAGAAGUCUAGGACGGUGUCUCACAAGUCGUCGUCGGCCACUUUGACAGACCGGUCUGUGCCAAGUUCGAUUGCCUCGAUUUUGGAAGCCACAGCAAUCCCCGUGCCUCGCCGUGGUUGGAGUGUUCGGGAGUCUCGCAACCGCAGAAAACUGCCUCGUGUGAAUCAUGUGCAGGAAUUUAGCAAGUUGUUGAUGGACGGUGUCGGCGAUAACCUGAUGGAGAGCACUGGCAACACAGUGCUGGAUUUACUUCUGAGUCCCCCGGAGGAGGUCGACAAGUCUACAGUUGGGAGUGAUUGUGACAGCGAGGCGCCGUCCUUCUCCGCCUGCUCUAUGUCCCUUGAGUCGACGCCGUCGUUGGAUCGCGACUACGACUCACCGUCCAGUCUCCCGGUACCGUCUACGCCGUCAAGUCAGCGGAGCCCGAUGGAGCGGAAGUUUCACCGCCAAUCACCCUGUGAGAACUGCAUCUUCGACCACCCUUUGCUAGACAGCGAAAUUUCGGACACGGAAGAGGAGUUCAUCGAGCAGGCCUCAUUGCCCUAUCUGACCCCCAAGAGCCCGACUCCAUCUCGAACGUUCCCGCGUUUAGGAUCCACAUUCAAAUCAAACCUAACGGCUUCUUUGCGAGCAAUCAAAUCUGCUGCGCAGAGUGUCUCGGCCUUUGCUACUCCUUCCGUUCAGCCGGACGACUUUCUGACCCGGUCUCUCUUCACGAUUACGCCGGAGAUGACGGACGACCGACGGCCUCCGCCCAUGAACGAGCCGCCGUCUCCCGCACUCCGACGGUACCUGAACCCAAUAACGGUCUCACCAGCGGAGAUGUACGCUUAUCAGGAAUACCCACACGAGUCCCUUGAUAGCCCCAACUGCCCUGUUUCCGUGCAAAUGCAAACGUACCAUCGCUCGGGUAGGCGCGGCACUCGCAGGAGCGGGUUCCACCUAGCACGCUCCGAGGGCCGCGACCGACAGAUGCUACCAUUCGACCCCGAGAUCCCGCCCAUGUCACGCCAGCGCGAGCCGCGGGAAAACAGCGAUUUCCUGCGCAUGGUGGUCCUCGAGAUGAACAUGCGACGCAGCGGCAAGCUGCGGGACGACGUCCCGACGCGGGCCCGAAUCUGGCUGCCUCCCCGAAAGGGCAGUCAGGGCCGUUAUGUUCGAUACGACUAUUACGAGGAUGAGGAUGAGGACGAGAAUGCAGUUCCCUCUCGUUGGAUCGGGAUCUCUGUGAGCAGUCUGUAGACCAGUGCCGCUUCACCUCAAGUUUCUUUUUUCCUUUACACUCAUUGCGCACAGCGAGGCGCAUGGAUUCCGGGCUUGGCUAUUCUUCUUUCCUUCUUCUUUUCUCUUGUACA